GAAAAUUUAGGAAAAUUAAUUUCUCCUUUGGGAGGAAGUCUGUUUUUAUGGAAUGCUGCAACUGAAACUACAACUUUAUUUAUAGCUGUUUUGCAAUGUAGAUGGUACAGAAGUCAAACAGAACUAAACAGGCUAAAACCAACCUAUCAUUUUCCACAAGGCUGUUUGUUUUCAUGAGUUUCUGCUACAGCCUCUUCAUCGGAUCAAGGUGAAUGGGCCAUCAAACACUAAAAUGGAUCUCUGUUACGAGGCUUUGAAUGGAUCCUGUGGGAAAUAUGUACGACCGUACGGCAUCCACGUUCUAAUGCUCAUCGCCAUGAUGUUGACCACCAUUGUGACCGUCAUUGGGAAUCUACUGGUCAUCAUCUCCAUUGGACAUUUCAAGCAACUCCACUCAACAACAAACCAGCUGAUUCUGUCUCUCGCCCUGUGUGACUUUCUCCUUGGGCUGUUUGUCAUGCCGUUGAGCGCCGUCCGUUCCAUGCAGGGCUGUUGGUACUUUGGUGAUUUCUUAUGUAAGUUACACACAUGCAUUGACAUGACUCUCAGCACCGCUUCCAUUUUCCACCUCGUGAGUGUGUCUGCCGAACGUUGUUGUGCUGUGUGUGGCCCAUUAACGUAUCAUUAUCGCUUCAGUUUUCCAACAGUGCUGUUAAUGAUCUCUAUCAGCUGGUUGAUCCCUGCCAUAUUUUCUUACAUGAGUACCUACCUCGAACUCAACCUUCAUGGUGACAGGGACUUCUACGAAACACACGUACGCUGUGUGGGAGGGUGCCACGUCUUCUUUAGUCACAGUCUGGCGGUGGUCACCUCCCUUUUUUCUUUCUACGUUCCUGGUCUCAUCAUCAUUGGCAUUUAUUCUAGAAUCUACAUGGUUGCCCGAAACCAAGCGCGAUCUAUUAGUCUUCAGCUGGAACAGCUGAGGAGAGUUUAUCCAUCGGAAGGCACGCAACGUCGGGCACCGAAGGCUACAAUAACGAUUGCUAUCGUGGUUGGAGUUUUCCUGGUUUGCUGGACUCCUUUUUUCCUCUGUAACAUCAUGAAUCCUUUUAUUGGCUACACAACACCGCCAGUGUUGAUUGAUGCACUUGUUUGGUUUGGCUAUGUCAAUUCCACCUUAAAUCCUUUCAUUUAUGCAUUCAUGCAUUCUUGGUUCAGAAAAGCUGUGAGGAUUAUAGUAACUGGGGAAAUAUUUAAAAACAAUAGCAGCAGAAAACAGUUAUACUCAUAAUUAAGGCCUUAUUCAGAAUAGCAUAGCAUACUAUUGGUCAGUUGGACCAAUUGCUUCACUAAAUGAUUAAUCUGCUGGCCAGAACUGCCUUCCUAAAACACAUUUUUCAAAUACACCCCCACAUGUCUACGUCACUGUGUGGGAAGAUUUGCAUAACACCUGCCUACAAGUCAGUACGUGUGACUUGUAGGCAGGUGUCUACAAGUAGGUACGUGUGUCUUCCUCCUGUGUUCCAUGUUGGAUUUACCCCUGUGUUGGAUUAAUAAAGACUCUAUCGAUUAUUCUCGACCAUGGGCGUCGCUAGGCCAUUUUUAGGGGACAGUGCAACCCAAAUAUUUGAGUAUGUGCAGCGUAUUUUACGGAGGAAUAUUUCCUGAACCUGGUAAGAGGUGUAACAUUUCCGUCACAUGCUUGAGGUAUUCGGCCAAUCAAA